CCGACGAAGGAAAAUGGGGCGAAGAACAGUUGGUGCCCGGUACCUGCCGUGACAGCUGAUCCGUGCCUCCUCGCUAGAACUAGAACCGCCGCCUGAUUGCAGCCCAUCAGUCCUCUCCGCCAAAAGACAAGACCAUAGAGAUUAGUACUACUUAGAUUAAAAGUAGAGUCCUGUCCAUUUGGGUGUCUGUUCUUGGCGGCCGACACGCGGAAUCUGGAUCCAGUUCCCUGCUUCAAUCCUUCCCCUCCACUGAUUCAUUCCCGCAAGGAGGCCAGGCGUGUUGGAUGUGAGCAGUGGACCGACCGAUCGAUAUGGCGUUCGGCCACACACGGCUCGAUGUCCGGCGUGCGCCGCAGUCCUCCUACUUCUCCUGCUCCACAACCACCGUCGCCGUAUUCGUCGCUCUCUGCCUGGUUGCUGUGUGGAUGGCAUCGUCCAUGCUCGUCACCCCUACCGAAUUCUCUCCAUUUCAGCCCAAAGUCCGUCCAUUGCCGCCUCAAGACUCACCUCCUGACACCGGAAGCUUAACCAGUGCUGGUCAGGAUGAUGGCAUCCGUGAAAUGGAACGGGAUGUGCCCGUUGAUCCACCACCUGUUACACAACAAUUGCCUCCUGUAACAGACAGCAUGGAUAGUGAAGAUCAGCAAGAGGAUGUCAAGGAGCAAGUUAGGAAGCCUGACCGACAGAGGACCUCAGAGCAACCAGAGGUGUUCCCUGAUGGGAGUCAGGCGGAGCUUUUCAAUGAGACCACUACAGAGCGCGGACCAUGGCAAACGAAGGCUGCACAAUCUAACAAGGACGCUAAGGAGCAAACCUUGACGUCCAGUAGCCCAGUGAGCUUUACUUGGGUGCUAUGCAACGUCGACGCUGGAACAGAUUAUAUUCCAUGCCUUGACAACACAGAAGCUAUCAAGAAGCUCCGUUCCACCAAGCACUACGAACAUCGAGAAAGGCAUUGCCCCGAGAAACCUCCUACCUGCCUUGUUCCUCUACCAGAGGGCUACAGGAAUCGAAUAAGGUGGCCUAAGAGCAGAGAUCAGAUAUGGUACAACAAUGUUCCUCAUACUAAGCUGGUUGAAUACAAGGGACACCAAAACUGGGUUAAGGUUUCUGGAGAGUACCUCAUCUUCCCGGGAGGUGGGACUCAGUUUAAACAUGGUGCGUUGCACUACAUUGAUUUUAUUCAGGAGGCAAAGAAGGACGUAGCAUGGGGAAAACGAAGUCGUGUAGUUUUAGAUGUUGGCUGUGGAGUAGCUAGCUUCGGAGGAUAUCUAUUUGACAGAGAUGUGAUUACUAUGUCAUUUGCACCUAAAGAUGAGCAUGAAGCUCAGGUUCAAUUUGCUCUUGAAAGAGGAAUACCUGCUAUAUCAGCUGUUAUGGGUACAAAAAGGCUCCCAUUUUCCAGCAGGGUCUUUGAUGUUGUUCAUUGUGCACGAUGUAGGGUACCAUGGCAUAUUGAAGGCGGUAAACUCUUGCUUGAACUGGACAGACUGUUGCGUCCUGGUGGUUACUUUGUGUGGUCUGCUACACCUGUAUACCAGAAGCUGCCCGAAGAUGUUGAGAUAUGGCAAGCCAUGUCUGCUCUAACCAGUUCAAUGUGCUGGAAAAUGGUCAACAAAGUAAAGGAUAGGGUGAAUAGAGUGGGUAUAGCAAUUUACAGAAAGCCAACAGACAACAGCUGCUACGAAGCAAGAUCUGAAACAAACCCUCCACUCUGUGGAGAGUAUGAUGAUCCUGAUGCUGCCUGGAACAUAUCGUUGGGGGCUUGUAUGCAUAAGUUGCCUGUAGAUCCUACCAUUCGUGGUUCACAGUGGCCUGAGUUAUGGCCACUGAGACUGGAGAAGCCACCUUAUUGGCUGAGAGGUUCUGAGGCUGGAGUAUAUGGGAAACCUGCCCCAGAGGAUUUCCAAGCAGACUAUGAACACUGGAAGCGAGUUGUGAGCAAUUCAUACAUGAAUGGUUUGGGUAUUGAUUGGUCUUCUGUUAGAAAUGUUAUGGAUAUGAAAGCUGUAUAUGCAGGGUUCGCAGCAGCUUUGCGCAAUCUCAAGGUGUGGGUCAUGAAUGUGGUUCCAAUUGAUUCACCCGACACGCUUCCAAUUAUAUAUGAACGUGGGCUGUUUGGACUGUACCAUGACUGGUGUGAGUCGUUUAGCACCUAUCCGAGGACUUACGAUCUUCUGCAUGCUAACCAUCUGUUCUCCAAGGUUAAGAAGAGGUGCGAACUAUUACCUGUUAUCGUGGAAGUGGAUCGGGUGUUGAGGCCAGAAGGCCGGCUAAUUGUCAGAGACAACAUUGAAACAAUAAGUGAGGUGGAGAACAUUGUGAAAUCUCUCCACUGGGAGGUCCACAUGUCUUACUCCCAGGAUAAAGAAGGCUUGCUGUUUGUGCAAAAGACGACAUGGCGACCAAAUGAAACUGAAGAUAAGCUAUGAUGGCAACACUCACCCUGACUUCAGAUCCUUUGGAAGGAGGAAAUGAAGAUUUGAUGGGGAAAUAGCACAUGUAUUAUAUGUCGCUGUUUGCAAAGUUGCAAGUUAAGGGAGAGUAAUGUUAGAAGGCCCUCUAAUUUUGGGAGGGAUCUGUGCUGUGGUGUAGAGCUCUUUUUCGAGGUGUUGUUGCUGUUCCCCUUUUCUUUAUGUAGGUUUUGUAGAGCUAGUGUAGCAUGAUAGCAUAUGAUUGGGCAAUGGAUUCACCGAAGGCAGCAUGGUGGCUUAGCCUUUGCCGGUGGGGUUGCGAAAGACAGUGAGAAUUGGGAUUGUACAACAGGAGCACAGAAUAAACUGACUGGUGUCAGCAUAUAUUCAUACUCCUAUUCAUUCA